AUGAAAUAUAUUUUAGUUUGUGGAGGAGUCAUAUCUGGUGUUGGUAAAGGUGUUGUUGCCAGCAGCAUAGGCCGAGUUCUGAAAGAAGAAGGCCAUCGAGUAACCAUUAUUAAAAUAGAUCCUUAUCUUAACUUUGACGCAGGGACUUUAGGACCCCGUGAUCAUGGUGAAGUCUUUGUUUUGAGCGAUGGGACCGAGACAGAUCUAGAUUUAGGCAAUUAUGAACGGUUUUUAGGUGUCAACUUAACACGUCAGAACAGUAUAACUAGUGGUCGAAUGUAUCAAGAAGUUAUUACUAGAGAAAGACGAGGUGAUUAUCUAGGGAAGACAGUUCAAGUUGUUCCUCAUGUCACUGAUCAUAUUAAGAUGAAUAUCAAGAAGGCUUCUUUAAUUUCUGUUGAUGGUGGUGUAGCUCUACCAAAUGUUUGUAUUAUUGAACUAGGUGGAGUAGUAGGAGAUAUUGAGUCUAUUACGUUUGUUGAGUCUUUAAGACAGAUGCUAAUAGAAGCUGGUCGAAAGGACUUUGUGGUAGUUGGAGUAGAUUAUGCCCUUGAACUGAACCAGGAACAUAAGACUAAACCUAUUCAAGCUUCUGCUAAACGAGCCAGAGAAUUAGGUAUUCCUUAUGACGUCAUGGUUUGUCGAUCGGCAAAUAAGAUUAGUGAGGAAGCUUUAGGGAAGAUUCGUUUAUUUACUGGGGUAGAGAGUAUAGUAGAACUACCUAAUGGGAAUAUUCUAGAUGUACCAGCGGAUUUAAGACGUAGUGGGUUUGUAGAGUAUAUCAAGGAAAGACUAGUCUUACCAGAAGUAACUCCAGGAGAAGAUAAGGGAGUUUACUUCCGGGAUAUUAUAGCUUUACGUAAGAGAAGAGUAAGGGUAGCACUAGUGGGUAAGUAUGCGUACCAUGAUGAUGCUUAUCUAUCAAUUCGUGAAUCAUUAAACUUUGCCGGGGCUGUGCCUGAAGUAGAUAUGGACGUAGAAAUAGAGUCAUUUGAUACAAUUACAUUUGCUGAUCGGGCUAAUCUACCGAUUUUACAAGGAUUUGAUGCUAUCAUUAUUCCGGGUGGAUUUGGCCGGCGGGGAGUAGAAGAAAUGAUUACAGUAGCUGGUUAUGCCCGGGAGAUGGGUAUUCCCUUACUGGGUAUUUGUUUGGGGAUGCAGAUUAUUACGAUUGAGUAUGCCCGGAAUGUAUUGGGAUUAGCUAAUGCGACGAGUGAAGAGUUGGUGCUAGAAGAGGAUGUUCAUACAAUUAUAGAUGACAAGAUCAAUUUAGAGGAGAUGCCAGAAGAUGAAGGUACUUAUGUUUUGGCGGUAUCUAAGAAUCCGGGGCCGAUGCGUAUUGGAGAGCAGAAGACUUUAACUAUUCCUGGUAGUAAGCUAGAUAGUAUUUAUGGCUCGCCGGCUGGUGGAGUAAUCUUUGAGCGUUUCCGGCAUCGUUAUGGGAUAAAUGGAGCACUUUCUCAGGCUUUAGAGAAGGGAGGUUUAAUGAUUGGAAUUAAGAAUGCUCGGUAUAUUGAUGGGGUUGAGUUACCAAGUCAUCCCUUUUAUGUGGGAGUGCAAUUCCAUCCUGAGUUCUUAUCUAAGCCUCGUGAGCCCCGGCCUGUUUUCAUUGCUCUUUUAAAGGCUGCUCUUAACAGGCAAUCUGUGCGGCGGCAGUCAGAAUAA